GUUCAGCCAAAACGAAUUAUUGGAACCAAGGACUCCAUGUUUGGCAUUUCUGUGAAAAAUAUUGGAGAUGUUAAUCAAGAUGGCUACCCUGAUAUUGCUGUCGGAGCGCCGUAUGAUGAAGGUUUUGGAAAAGUCUAUAUUUAUCAUGGUUCCAAAACUGGAAUAAUAGAGAAACCUGCACAGAUUAUUGAUGGGAAGAGCACAAAAACUCCGACGUUUGGUUACUCUAUUGCUGGAAACAUGGAUCUAGACAAAAAUUUAUACCCAGACAUAGCAAUUGGAUCUUUAUCAGAUUCUAUAAAUGUUUUCAGGGCACGCCCGGUUGUCAGCAUCAAGAAGACAAUUAAAGUGACACCAGAGAAAAUUGACUUCAAUAAGAAAGAUGUGAACUGUGCUGCACCAAGCAAAAUCUGUUUGACAGUUGACGUCUGUUUUGUCAUAUACUGCUAUCCCCCGUAAUUACAAUCCAGUUCUAACACUCGGCUACACACUAGAAGUGGAAAGUGAAAGAACCAAAUUAAGUUUGUCAUCCAGGAUUUCCAAUUUCCCAGAGCCAGGAACAGUAACCCUACGACAACAAGGUCAGGACAGAUGUUUCCAGAAAGUUCUAUAUGUACAGGAAAAUAUUAAAGACAAACUUCGACAGAUUCCCGUGUCUCUUUCUGUGGAUAUUAAAAAUGUCCGUCGGAAAAAGAGACAAAGUGGCUCACUGCCAGAACUUAUCCCAAUCCAGGAUGCCAAUGAGCCCAAAACAGUCACAGCAGAGGCUCAAUUUUUGAAAGAAGGAUGCGGUGACGAUAAUAUCUGCAACAGCAACAUGAAGAUCUCUUACAACUUCUGCGAUAAAGAAGGAGAGAACACCUUCACCGCACUGAAGAAGGAGAGUGGUGUUCCAGUGUUGGCUCUGCAGGAUCAGAAACAUAUUGCUCUUGAAGUUACAGUAACAAACAAGCCAUCAAAUCCUAACAAUCCCACAGCAGAUGGAGAUGAUGCCCAUGAAGCCAGGCUUAUCGCAGAUUUGCCAAACACUCUGUCUUUCACUUCAGUCAGUUUCCCCGCAAACCAACAGGAAAAACAAGUUCUGUGCGUACCGAGUGUAAAUGGAUCAAAAGUGGAGUGUGACCUUGCAAACCCCUUUAAAAGAAACGCCAAUGUAACAUUUUAUCUUGUUAUGGGUACAAAUGAUAUUACAGUUGACACUACAGAACUGCAGAUUCCACUCACUUUAGAAACGACAAGCUCUCAGUCUGACCUAGGCCCUGUAGUUGCUAAAGCCCGGGUAGUUGUUGAGCUCCUGCUGUCAGUAUCAGGGGUUGCCGAUCCCUCCCAGGUGUACUUUGGAGGAAACGUGCUUGGGGAAAGUGCCAUGAAGACAGAAGAUGAUAUUGGAAGCUUGGUGAACUUUGAUUUCAGAAUUACUAAUUUCGGACGGCCCCUGAAAGCUCUGGGUGCAGCAUUCUUAGACAUUCAGUGGCCAAAAGAGAUCACCAAUGGAAAAUGGCUGCUUUACAUUGUAAGAAUAGACUCCCAAGGCCUGGAGCCGAUGUCUUGUCACCCUAAGGAGGAGAUUAACAAACUGAAAUUGCUGGAAUCUGGAAAAGUUCGAAGUAGGCGGGAGAUCGGAGAAAGGCAGCCUGUAGCGGAUAAGAAACCAUUUUCCUUGUUCUCUGACAGGAAAUACAUGACACUGGACUGUAAUAACAAUGCAAAAUGUGUUAAAAUUAGAUGUCCCCUUGCUGGUCUGGACAUCAAUGCAUUCAUUAAAGUUCGGGCAAGACUAUGGAAUGGCACCUUCCUAGAGGAAUAUUCAAAGAUGAAUUAUCUGGAUAUUCUAGUGAAAGCCUCCAUCAGUAUUGAUACACGAGCGGAGAAUAUCAAAUUGCCAAAUGAGGGUUAUCAGAUGCGUGUUACAGUUUUCCCAGAGAAGAGGCAGGCACAAUACACAGGAGUGCCAUGGUGGAUCAUUCUGCUUGCCAUACUCUCUGGAAUAUUAUUGCUUGCACUAGUAGUGUUUAUUUUAUGGAAGUGUGGCUUCUUCAAGAGAAGUAAGCAAGAUCAGUAUGAUGCCACAUAUCACAAGGCUGAAAUCCAUACUCAGCCAUCUGAUAAAGAAAGGCUGACAUCUGACGCAUAG